UUACGGUACUUUAACAGAUAGUUACAUACUUUGACGAAAGAAGUGAAGUUCAUUAUUUACAUUUGGUAAAAUAAAGUUUACUUCAGUAACACUAAUGUUUGUAUUAUAAUGUUAUAUAAGUACUUUUAUUAUAUAAAAUAUAAUUUUUUCAACAAAUUAUCGAACAAAUGUAUAUUUAUCUUAUAUUAGUAAAUUUUUAUGACGUCACUUACAAUGUCGUGUAGAAAAAAUUAUAUAAUGACAUGUGAAAAAAUGAAUGUGUGCUCUAGAUUUUAUUUUUAUCGAGAAAAUAUGAUUUCUGGAAUUUUUAUUUUUCUAAUUCGUUGACGAUUCUAUACAGUAUGUCUUUUCUCUCAGAACCGAUUUUGUCGUAUGAACGUGAUAAUUUUUUGAUUCUUUCUCAAAUUGUUCUUGCAUUAAUCUUGUUUGUUAAUUAUUACAUUAAACCAUGAUUAAAACAAUGAUUAAAACAAUGAUUAAAACAAUAAAAAACAAUGGCAAUCGAUACUACAGAAUUCUGUCGGAAGUUGCGAAUGAGGUUAGGAUUGAAACUUUAUCCUAUACAUCAGUUUCACAGACUUGUACUCCUUCAAGUUACUUUAAAAAUGAAGUGAAGUGUGACGACGUGUAUUCAAAUAAGACACAUUUGAAUGAAAAAGAUAUUAAUAUAACUGUAAAUUUGGAUAUAUUCAAAUUCGGUGUUCCAUGAGUUUACAAGUUGCAGCAGGAAAGACAAUAAACAUCAUGGAAGAUAUUGAAAACAAUUUUUUACAUCAAAAAGAUCGUCUGGCAGAUGUCGUCAAUCAGCUAUUAGAAUAUUAUGGCCAGGCCGUAAGAAGCAAUGAACAUAAUCUAGAUAAUAUAUAGGAUACCAUUUUUCCAUGAAAUUUCAAGACGUUCACAACUUUUGUUCAAACGAUUGAUUUAAAUGUAAAUCUGCUGAAGCAGCUGAAACUCUAUAUUGGUUAACAUAUAAUCUGUUAUAUCAGUUAUGAAGAUAAUUACCAGAAACUACUAUCGAAGAAUUAAAUAGGAAACAUUAAAUGUAAAUAAAUCAUUCUAUUGCAUUGUAUUGAUAAGAAUAUCAAGAAAUGUAUUUGUCUGAAUCUCAUAUAUCAAAGCUUGGUAUAUGUGAUACUGUCAUUACAUUUAAUGAUGGUAAUGCUGGCAAAUUGAAAGUUGCUCAGAAUAGCUGGGAAUGGAAUACGACAGUCAUAACUGAGAUGUGAAGUGACUUUCAAGGCAAAGUUACAAGCUUGAAAAAUUUCUAAGAAGAUGUGAUCUUUGAUUAGCUUGGAUGGUUUGGAAGGAGAUGAAUUUUACAGUAGCAGAGGAUUUGGUUGCUUUUUCUACUGGAAAAUCGAUUUGGAAGAGUAGAAAUGAUGAAAUCGCUGUUAGAAGAGUAUGACCAGGAAGUGGCCUUUGAUUCAGUAGUUGGAACAUCAACUAUAGAAUCGUCCGUCAAAAUAAUCGACGAGCUUACAUCUAUUCAAAAGUUUUACGACGAUGAAAGUGUAUUUUUGACUGGCGGAACCGGAUUCAUGGGAAAAUUAUUAAUCGAGAAAUUGUUAAGAGGAUGUCCUGGCAUCAGAUGCAUUUAUAUUUUGAUACGUUCGAAAAAAGGGAAAAAUGUUCUUGAACGCUUGGAUGAACUUAUGGAAGAUUCGUUAUUUUCCAAGUUAAAGGAAGUAGAACCAAAAUUCCGGAAACGAAUAGUCGCAAUCAAGGGAGAUUGUAGCUUGCCAAAUCUCGGUAUUUCCAAAAUUGAUAGAGCUACACUCGUACGCGAAGUAUCAAUUGUUUUCAAUUUCGCCGCGACCGUGAGAUUCAAUAAAGCAAUGAAAGCGGCGAUAGCUAUUAACGUCCAAAGUCUAAGGGAUUUGAUAAACUUGUCCGAAGAAAUGCCGAAUCUGAAGAGUUUCGUCCACGUAUCCACGGCUUAUGCCAACUGCCUUUACAAUCAGAUCGAGGAAAAGAUUUAUGAUCCACCGAUAGAUGCUGACAAAUUGAUCGAUUUGAUUGACUUUAUGGAAGAAAAAUUACUUAACGAUAUUACACCACAUUGGCCAAAUAGUUAUGUGUAUACGAAAUCACUUGCAGAUAAUGUGGUAAAAAAGCAUGCUGACACAAUACCGAUUGGAAUAUUUCGUCCUGGAAUUGCGAUAUCCACGUAUCGAGAACUUAUUCAAGGAUGGGUAGAUAAUAUGUACGGACCUAUAGGAAUUACAGUAAAUGUUCUAAUGGGAAUAAUGCGAAUUCAUCAUUGCGAUGCAUCGAUGAAAGUGAACUUGGUACCCGGAGAUCUGACGAUUAAUGGAUUAAUUGCUAGUGCCUGGGGCAUUGCUAAUAAUCUAAGAUCCAAUGAAGGUAUUCCCGUUUACAAUUAUGCAUCUCAGGAUAAUCCAAUCACUUUCGACAAAUUGAAAGAAAUGACAUUAAAGUAUGAACGAUUGAUACCGUUUAAAGAAAUGAUUUGGUACUGUAGUUUUAAGAUGACCAAAUACCGGCUGAUCUAUCUAAUCUAUAUGUACUUUCUACACUUACUACCAGCUUUUAUAAUCGAUGCGAUCGCUUUGUGCGUGGGUAAACAACCCAGGUUACUCGGAAUGUAUAAGAAAAUUCACCAAAUGGCGGACGUUUUUGGUUAUUUUUGUAUGAAUGAAUGGACCUAUACGAAUGAAAGAUGGAAUGAACUAAUGAAGAAAUUGACACCCGCAGAUCGUGACUUAUUCCCUUGUGAUAUGAAAGAUAUCGUUUGGGAUAAUUAUUUUGCAACAUAUGUUGCAGGAAUAAGAAAAUACAUCUUAAAGGAUCCCAUUGAAACGCUUCCACAAGCACGUAUAAAAUGGCGAUGGUUUUCCUGGGACCAUCAAGGAUUCAAACUUUAUAUAGCCUGUAUUUUUUUUGUGAUCAUAUGGGCUAUUUUACUGAGCGCUCCCAGACUAUUUCUAACGUUACCAUUUUCAUGAAGUAAGCAAGAUCGUCAAAGAAAAUGUAGGGGGAAUAAUAAUUUACUCUUUCACCAUAAUAUAAGUCAAUUAUUCCUUUUAUAAUAAGGGAUCUUCGUUAAAUGGUUUGAUGAGACGUAAUGAUACUUUUGGUACGAGUUAAGGAUAUUUUAGUGAAUUUUAUCUAUAAAAUUUCGAGCAGGUUUGAUCUUUUUUGUGUCAUUUUGAAGGUCUGGUACUCUUCUACUUCUCUUGAUGGCGACUGGUCGCAAAUUGAUGCAAAAAAAAGAAAUAGAUAUAAAUUUCAAACGAAUUCUCAAUCUAUGCGAAUGUUGCUAUUGAAAUGUACGUUGUACAAAAUGCACAAAAUAACAAAUGUACGAGACGUGGAUUUAAAAAAUUCUAUUGUUCUCUGAAAAAUCAAAUAUCGAUUUUUUCAAUAGUUAGCUGACUUUCCAAAUAACAAAUCUUUGACAUGAAAAAAUGUAAUUUAAUUAUUUCAAAAAAUUAAUACAAAUUCAAUACACUUUGAACGUACAUUGGUUUUAAAUCAAUUAGUUCAGUAAUUUUUCUUUUUGUAAUUUUUGUGAUCGGAAUUGAGAAAUAAAUUGUUAAAAUUUGAAAUGUAAGUUUCUAUGGUAAAUUCUUAGUAAGUAUAUUUAAUAAAUUUACAAUUGAUAUAAAAUGCCAGCUCCGAGAACUGACUCCUCUUGAAAUUUCGAAUUCUUUUUUCAAUAGUUAUUUUUUAUUUCUUUUUUGGCAGUUUUGCUCGUUUUUUUUUUUUUUAUCCUUUUUGUUGUACCUGUUUGAGGUGCAGGACAUCACAGACCAACUAUAAACACAAUUUAAAACAAAUAAAUGUUUGUAAAUAGGACUAGGGUCGCCAUUUGUCAGUAGUUGAGAUAUGUAUCUUUGUAUUGCCAGAACAGUUCGCAUUGUGUCACUCGCUUUAUUUUGAUGAAGUAAUAUUGAAGUUCGCAAAAUCUUGGGUGUGCUACUCCUGAGCGCAGUAUAUUUGUUUUGCGUUAAUUUUUGAUUUUCUAUUAUUAAAAAUUUUUAGUCCAUUCAUGCUUUUUACCAUCAUGCGUGAUCUUAUGUAUAAGUAUGGUAGAAGUUAUUUUCUAACCUUAUGUCUCGUUAUAUCUCAAAAUCAAAUGCAAUCAAUGAGAAGGAAAAAUAAGUUAUUAUACAUUACUGAAUGAUAUAAUGAAAGUAAAAGAGGAGUCGAAUCUUUUUGAUCAGUUAAGUCAUUCGGUCACUGAUAAUAGAAAAAUUAAUCGUUGGCCUAUAAGAAUUUUCGUCGGGAUAUUAGAUAUAGUUGCUAUAAAUUCCUGAAUAUUACUGAAAAGUAAAAAUGCUAAUAGAAAUGUCAAAAUUCUAUAAUAAAUGGAAAUAUUAAUAUGUUCAAGUUCUCAAUCUUGUCUGGUAGAACUUUAUAUUAGAGCGUUUCAAUAUGAUAUUUUUUUUAUUUGAUUUAAAAUUAGGAAUUAAGAGCAUACUCGGACUUUAUAUUGGGCAAAUGAAUUCUCUCGAAUUAUAAUAUAUGAAAAGCAAAACCCUUAUGAUUUGUCCACGUUCGAAAGACAGAAAAAUUAAAAUUGAAUGUCCCUCAUAUAGACGCUCAAUUUGCUAUAAGCACCACGUUGGAAUAUUCAUCGUUCAGUUCAUCGGUCACGAGUAAACAUUUUAUUAUUUUUUUACCGUAAUUUCGUUUUUUUAUAGCUCUUUGUAGAGAUAAGAGAUUGUAUAUAUGGUAAUUUCAAUUAAAUGAAUGAAGAAAGAAACUGUAAGUGAUGGAAAUUGAUGGAAUUAAUGAGUAUUUUUUUGUUCUCAAAAUAAGAUAUUUUUGUACUAGAAAAUAAUUGUAUGUUUUGCAACGACCAUUUAUUUUAUUUUCAAAGAAAGAAGAAAGACUCGUCUCUAAAUGAUUAUGGUGCUUGCUGUUUUUUGAAACAUUGACAAUUAAAAACCAUAUGAGGUUUUUAACGAAAAAAAUCAAUUUUUACGUAUUGCACGAUUCAUGAAUGUUUUUUAUAAUAUAAAAAUUGGAAAUGCAUUUUCAAGCCUACUGAUUAUUAUUUCCGAGGCUUCAAAGAAUAUAAAGUAUUUUUUUGAAGUCAAAAUUAUUGGUUCAGUAUAAAUGAUUGUUGUUUAAAAUGCCUGGGGUGUAGCGCACACUAAGUGCACAACUUGAAAUUAUUUUGAAGUGUGCACAAUUAGGGUUAAGCUUUCCAGCAAUUGUGCGAUGCAUAGUAAAGCAAAGAAGAAAUUCCUAGAAUUUUACAUAAAUUAUAAAAUUUGUAUUAUUCAAGACUGUCGAAAGUGAGAGGAACAAUGUAUCACAUUUUUUGUUUUUUAUAUACAUAUACCAUAGCGUAUUCGUUCAUAGGGUGGUUUAAAAAAAUUUUUUGCAAUAUUUUAUUUUUAAUAAUAAACAAUUUUUGAAUUGUCCGAUUUUCAGAUAUUUUUAUUGGUAACAUUGAUAAUCAUUAACAAAAUUUAUGAAAAGUACUCUUUGUUUGUAUUCCGUUAAGAAAUUAGAUGUUAUUCGUAAUAUAAUGUUACGUCUUGUAGCGUUAUGCAAGAAUGAUACCGUUUUAAGAACAAAUAAUAAAAUAAAACAUAUCCAUUCAUUGGCUUUACUAUGGUCAAAGUAUAUGCGUAAUCGGUCGAAUUCGAUUUAUGAAAAAAUUCUUGAUCGAGAGGUUGUUGAAAGGAUAUCCGGACCAUUAAGUGCAUUUAUUUUUAGAUACAUUCGAAAAAAGAGAAGGUAAUGUUUCAAUGCACGGAGGAAAUCGUUAAAGAUCCGAUGGAUUUUUUUCUAAAUAGUAAUUCUUAUUCAACCGUCUUUUUUAUUAUUCACCGAUUUUUAUUAAUUAAAAUUUGAAUUCAUUCCACUUUUUCAGGAGUUUUAGCAGUUACGAGUCUUACAGAAAGAGGUUCGCUUUUAACUGUACGAUCACUUUUAAAUCUACUCUACCACUUUUAAAUUGAUUCAUAGAUAUGGCGAUGAUUCAUAGAUUCAUCGCCAUACAUUUUACGAAUAAUAUGUAUGGUUUCCGAAUACGUAUGGCCAGUCCCCUUAAUCUUUUCACCCUCAUCUAAUCUCAACUCAUUCGAUCAACUUUAUAGAUCAAAUUGUCACAAAGGUUAUUAACAUGCUAUCACAUUGUCUUAUUGUAUUAAAUCAUUCACGUCUGUACGAAAAGUAGGGUAAUAUAAAACUAUUAGUAACUUAGGUAUUAACAUUAUUAUCUACGUUUUCUAUUACAUUGUCACUUGCCGAUUGCUUUUGUACUCGUUUCUUGUGUCUCUUACAUAACAACCAGGUCAGAUAGGUUCUGCUUCUUUACUUCUGGUUUUUUGCAUCUUCUCCAAAUACAUGAGACAUAUCGUUCUGUUUAUUGUUCUUCAUUUAAAAAAAGAUCAUAAUAGAGUUUUCUCAUUAAAAAUGAUUAAGACAAAGAAUAAAAAUCUUUUCAUUUUCGUAAGCAGCCGAGUGUACUUCGAAAAAAAAAUCCCCGAAAAAAUGCCAACCAUUUAAUUCGAAAGUCAGGGAGUAAUCUGUAUUUGUUUUUUCAAAAAUCCCACGACAAUAUCUUAUAAUAAAUGCAAAUAUAAUUUUUAGAUACUAUGUUAAUGCACUUUAUUCAAAAAAAGGCAUUAUUUUUUGAUAAAUCUUUAAUAAAUUAUGAUUUAACGAUCAAGUGAAAAAUUUUGGAGAUUUAAUUUAAUUUUUAUAUUAUAAAUAAAUUCUUUUGUUGAAAAUAAACAAAGUGUAUUGUUCCUGAAACUUGUUAAUAAUGCUCAGUCCUAUCAUCCAACGAAUAUUCGAAAAUUAGACUAUAUUUAGAAAAUAUUAGAUCGAAUUUUCUCAUGCGUUAUUAUUUAUCUCACUUGAAAUUAUUCUAUGUCUUUUAUAAAUAAAAUUUUUAUUUUCCAAAGUCAUAUAUAUACAUACACAAUGACUAACAAAAGUAUUCGAACGCUCGGUAUUAAAAUAUAAAAUAAUAAAAACGAACAUGUUAGACUUAAAUUUUGAAAGUAAUGUAGCAACCACUAUAAAGCACAACUAUCGAAAUUAUAUGUACAAACUUUGAAAUGAAUCGUAUAAUAUUAAUAGUACAUAUAAAACAUUUAUUGCAAAGAUGUAUUGAAAUAGGAUCACAAAAGUAUUUCAGCAGUAUUAAUUAUAUGCACUUUAUUGUAAUUACUAUUUAAUUAGAUUUUCUCACAUGUUUACAAUUUCUCUACGAAAACGUUCUUCUAUUGUUGAUUUGUUAUCUAAGCGUUCAAAUACUUUUCUGAUCAUUAGAAUGAAUAUAUUUCCUAACGUUUACUAAUAUUAUUCGAUUCGCUUCAAAUUUUGUAUAUAUAAUCUCGAUAGUUAUGCUCUAUAAUAACUGCAACAUUACUUUCCGAGCUUAAGUGUAACUUAAUAAAAGUGUAUUUUCAUUAUACAUAUAAAGUUUCAAUAGUGAGCAUUCGAAUACUUUCGUGAGCGUUGGUGCGAAUGAAAUGUUGGAUUCUUAAGUGAAUAUAUUAAACUGCAUAUCUUUUUCCAAAAGCUGUUUACUUGAUCAAAAUAUGCUCCAUUUACUUCAAUACACUUUUCCCAACGAGAUUUUAAUGCAUAGAUGGCUGUCUUGAAGAAAUUCUGAUCUUUAGAAUCAAUGAACUCUGAUAUGGCAUUUUUCAGACUGUCUUCAUUUGCGUACUGUUUAGCCCCUAAAAACAGUUCUAAAUGUUUAAAUAAAUGAAAGUCGGUUGGCGAAAGAUCCGAUGAAUAGGUUGGGUGCUGCAAAAUUUCAUAUUUUAUAAUUCAUUUAAUUUCGCAAUUAUUUUGUACGAUAUAUGCGGCCGAGCGUUGUCGUGGAGAAAUAUUGGGCCAUGCCGAUUAACAAGUGAUGGGCGUAUAAUUUUCAAUUUUUCAUGCAUUUCUUCAAUGUACUGGCAAUACUUUUCGGCUGUAAUUGUCAUUCCAGUUCGAAGGAAUGAGUAGUGUAUUACUCCAGUCACAUUCCACCAAACUAAAAAUUAAAAUUUUCCUUGGAUGAAGUGAUGGCCGUGGAGUAUGAGCACAAGCCUCAUCCCUAUCAAACCACCGAGCACACCUUUUCCUAUUGUCGUAAAGAACCCAUUUUUCAUCACAAGUAAUGAUCCGAUCGAAAAAUGGAUCUCGAUUAAAUCGGGUUAGCAAUGAUGAGCAUACGUUCAAGCGAUCCAGCUUAUUUCGCUCGAUUAAUUCGUGCGGUAUUAUUCACUUAUCCAUUUUCUUCACCUUGCCAAUUUCAGAAAGAUAUCGCAAUAUUGUUGUAUGAUCAAUUUCCAUUCUGGCAGCAAGUUCCCUUGAAGAAACAAUUGGAUUCAUUUCCACCAAUGCUUUCAAAGCAUCAUUUUUCAGACGUUUCGGAUCUUCUACGUGGUUCAUUUUGCAAGGAAAAAUCACCAGACCGAAAUUUUUCAAACCAACGCUGCACUUUUCGAUCGUUCACAGUAUUCACCCCAAACAACUGGUUUAUAUUGCGUGCAGCUUUUGCAGCAUUAUUACCAAGUUUAUACUCAUAUAAGAAAAUUACACGAAUAUCGGUUGAAUUCAUAUCGGUCCAAAAUUCAAAGCAAAUAACAAAAGGGAACACUUUUGAGAAAAUCUUCUUUGCUAAAAUGUAACUCUGACAAUGGACAGUACGACUAUAAACCAGGUUAUGUCAAAAACAAAAGCAUAACAAAAACAGGGAGACAAACGUUCACAUUUAAAGAAAAUCCGACAUUUCAUAAGCACCAACCUAAUACAUCCUUCAUAUUACAACAUUCAUUUUCCGAGGGCGUAUUUGUAUACGUUCUUCAUAGCAAAUGGCUUCGUACUACUUGGAUUUGAUGGCUGCAACGCGUAACAAUGGCGCUAAUAUUACGUUAUGACGACACAGCUGAUGAGCAGGACCAGUAAGAUUACUUCGAGAGAAGAACACGCGCCAGCAUUCGUUUAUACACCGCCAUUUGGCCACGCCUAUUAUCUCCCUCUCUUCUAUUUCCUACUAAUCCUAUAUUUUAACAUAGUUGAAGUUAUUAAUUUUCUUUACAUUAAUUAUUUUUAUUAUUUCCAAUGUUAUCACGAAAUGUUCCAUUUAAAUGAUGUAUGAUAUAAAUUAUAAUAUAUUUUAUUGUCUUUUGUA